AUGGAUCUAGAGGAUGCUCUGUUCCCAGUCGAUGAGGUGCCCCAGCCCGCACACGAGGAUCUACCAGGAGCAGUAGCAGAUGAUCCCAUCUUGGUCGAGGACAGUGAUGAUGACUUUGAGGGGAGCUCGGGAGUGAGCUCCAAGGGAUCAGACGGAUGCCUCCAAGGAGAGCUGAUGGGCCACGAGGCCGAGGACGUGGGAGAGGCCGAGGUCGAGGCCGAAGGGAACUCCCUAUCUUGGAGGAGGAAGUACAAGGAGAUUGGCUUCCAAUCUGGAAGUUGGGCAAGCUCAUCUGGAUCAGGGAGUGGCCAGUACGAGUGGCGAGUCAAGGAAUCUACAUCUACCAUCACCACUAGAUCAGGAUUGAGAAUGGAGGAUCCAUUCCCGUUCGAGUCAGAGAGUGAAAAGGAGUGGAAUUCGUCAACCGAGGAGAACCCAGGAUUGUCAGCAGAACCAGAGCAUUCCGAGACCGAGGAGGAGGAAGACCCGAAUAUGGCCCAUCUAGUAGAUCCCGAUCCGGAGAUAGGGUCGCUCACCACUCAUCUUGACGGUGAACCCGCUCACGCUAUAGUCUCGAACCCACGCCGGAGGUCAAUCGACAUCAAAACAAAUGUGCUCGGAGUUCUGCCCACGUUCUCUGGACGGAGGAACGAAUGCCCUUAUGUGUUUUUAAAUGAAUUCAGCAAAUUGUGUAGCAUUCAGAAGCGACCUAAUGAGGCGACGGAGGAGGACUACCGUCUGCGUGCAAUACCGUUUGCCCUCAAAGGGGAGAUCAAUAUCGACGUGUACCCGGGGAGGGAGAAGGAGUUGAGAGAGAGGACCGGCGGAGACUCUGUGCCGCAGUUGUUCUUCAACGAGAAGUUGAUCGGAGGACUGGCGGCGCUGAACUCGCUUCGGAACGGCGGGAUGCUGGAGGCUAAAUUGGAGGAGAUUCUGGCGACGAAGUGCCCCGAUGACGCGCCGGCGCCGCCGGUGUACGGAUUCGAUGAGGAAGGCGAGGUGGCGGCGAUGGAUGAGAUGGCGGAGAUUGUGAAGGUAGUGCGGCAGAGAGUGCCGAUCCAGGAUCGCAUAACGAAGAUGAAAUUCGUGAAGAAUUGCUUCUCCGGCGCGGAGCUCGUGGAAGAGCUCAUCCACCAAUUGGAUUGCGGCCGGAAAAAGGCCGUUGAGAUAGGAAAGCAGCUUGCAAGAAGGCAUUUUAUUCAUCAUGUCUUCGGUGAUAAUGAAUUCGAGGAUGGGAAUCACUUCUAUCGAUUCCUAGAGCACGAGCCCUUCAUACCAAAAUGUUACAACUUCAGAGGAGUGGUGAAUGAUUCUGAGCCCAAGGACGUGGCUGCAUUGAGCCGAAGGCUCACCUGUAUAAUGUCGGCCAUACUCGAGUCCUACGCCUCAGAUGACCGACUCCAUCUUGAUUACCUUGGAAUCAGCAACAGCGAAGAGUUCCGGAGAUAUAUAAAUGUGGUGGAGGAGCUUCAGAGAGUAGACCUCCUCACUCUUUCCCAUGAUGAGAAGCUGGCAUUCUUUUUGAAUCUGCACAAUAGUAUGGCCAUCCACGCUGUUAUCAGAAUCGGUCACCCUGGAGGAAUGAUUGAUAGGAGACCCUUCUUUUCUGAUUUCAUGUAUGUAAUCGGGGGCCACCCGUAUUCUUUGAAUUCUAUUAGAAAUGGCAUUCUCAGAGGCAACCGUAGACCACCAUUCUCGUUAAUAAAGCCCUUCAGCAAAGGCGACAAACGCCUUGAGUUGAGUUUUGACAAAGUGAAUCAAUUGAUCCAUUUUGGGAUGUGGAAUGCAACAAGAGGAAGCCCAUCAAUCAGAUUCUUCAAAUGCCAGGGUAUCGAAUCUGAACUGAAGAACGCUGCAAGGGAGUAUUUCCAGAGGGAGGACGGCAUGCAGGUGGACCUGGCCAAGAGGACGGUCUACCUCCCACGUAUUUUCAAGUGGUACAGUGCUGAUUUUGGUCAAGAAAAAGAUAUCCCGAAUUGGAUCAUCAACUACUUGGAUGCAAGUAAGACAGGCCUUUUGACGCACCUCAUUAGUGAUGGGGGCUCUGUCAACAUAGCUUACCAGGAUUAUGACUGGUCUAUUAACCUCUGAUCAAGCCAUGAUGUGCAGCCACAAGCAUUUCUUCUACUACAGUAUCAAUUGAUGAGAUAUAUAUCUAUAUACAUAUAUAUUAUGCGUGAUUGACUCCAUCGCAUGAUGGAUGUGGGAGUGGUGUACAUAGUUUAGAGUUUUGGUGUGUUGGGUUU